AUGUCCUUUGAGAUCUGAGGUGUCCGACACUAAAUCUUCUUACUCAUUAACACUAAUCUUACUUAAUUCACACCUUUCAUUACCCGCAUUUGUCCGUUAAUGUCUGAACCCUCUGACCCAUCUUCAAACCCCUUCAAUCUUGCUGCUUUUUCUUGAUUAAUUCUCCAUUAAUGGAGUUUCAGUUUCUUUAACACAAGACUUAUAUAAAGCUCUCACCUUUUUUUCAUUUUUGGGUUUAAAGAUUGUCACAGAGAAGAAAAGUUGUCUUCUUUUGCUCACUUUUGAGAUGGGUUUGAUGUAUGGGACCAAACAGACCCACACCCACAAGAUUUGGUCCGGGUCUGGGUUCGGGUCUGGCUCAGGGGUUUCAGCCAGAUGGGUCACAUUCUUCUGCUUUGCUAGCUUUUGUUUGGGGGUCAUCUUCAUUAACAGAUUUGGCAUCACUCGAGUCCCUUUAGAAACAAACGACAUCCCUUCAACUUUGGAGAAACAAAAAGAACUACUUCAGACCGAUAUCAACUGUGAGAAGAAGGAUGAUGCUUCUGUUGAAGCUCGAGAUAUAUUCUCUCAAGUUUCGCACACGCAUGAUGUCAUCAUGAAUUUAGACAAGACAAUAUCAUCACUGGAAACAAAGCUUGCGUCUGCUAGAUCCGCUAAGAAACCGAUAUCCGAGGCAUCAAAUGAGGGCCGGAAGUUUUUCUUUGUUAUGGGAAUCAUGACUGCGUUUAGCAGCCAAAAAAGACGAGAUUCCAUUAGACAAACAUGGAUGCCUCAAGGGAAGGAUCUAUUGAGGUUAGAGAAAGAAAAGGGGAUUAUAAUACGGUUCGUCAUUGGACAUAGUGCAACACAGAACGGGCUUUUGGAUCAUGCCAUUGAUGUUGAAGAUGAACAGCAUAAGGAUUUUCUAAGACUGAACCAUGUAGAGGGAUAUCAUGAGUUAUCUUCUAAAACUCAAAUCUAUUUCUCAACAGUUGCUGCAAAGUGGGAUGCCGAUUUCUACAUCAAAGUAGACGAUGAUGUUCACGUUAAUCUUGGCAUGAUUGGCUCUACCUUGCUCCGUCAUCGCGCAAAGCCACGUGUUUAUCUUGGUUGCAUGAAAUCAGGACCUGUUCUUGCACAAAAAGGGGUGAAGUAUCAUGAACCUGAAUACUGGAAAUUUGGAGAAGACGGAAAUAAAUAUUUCAGGCAUGCAACGGGACAAAUAUAUGCGCUAUCCAAAGAUUUGGCCACUUAUAUUUCAAUAAAUCGUCACAUACUUCAUAAGUAUGCAAAUGAAGAUGUUUCGUUGGGCUCUUGGUUUAUCGGUCUUGAUGUUGAACAUAUUGAUGAUCGAAGCCUCUGCUGCCAAACGCCCCCUGAUUGCGAGUGGAAAACGCAAGCGGGGAACUUGUGUGCAGCUUCAUUCGAUUGGAGUUGCAGUGGCAUAUGCAAAUCAGUGGAACGUAUGAAGGAAGUGCACAAGCUAUGCGGGGAAGGUGAAGACGCAAUCUGGCACACCAGUUUCUAACUAAACCACUCUUUGACUUCCCCUUUGACCAAAACGAUAUGAUCACCAACAGCCCGAGUUUUGGCAAACUGGUCGCGGGUCGGGCGUAGACCAUAAAAAGGAAUGAUUUUGCACAUAUAAUGGUAGUUGAUCAUGAUCAUGUAUUAAUCUUAUUAUGACACAUGUAAAUCUAGUUAUUGGGUGGAAAUGCAUUUCUUGAAUGAUCACAUGUUUGAAAGUUA